AUGCAUACUUGCGUUAGGAUAGAGGAAAGAGCAACCAAGAAGGGGAAAAGAGGCACACCAAGCUUGGUCGCAUCUGUGCUGCAAGCUGAUUAUCCAGGAAAAUACAAGACUCAAGCACCAAAGGAUCUCAUAGAUUUGGUUGAGAACAAACUGGGUGUUAGGGUUUCGUAUGCUACGGCUUGGAGAGGAAAAUACAAAGCUAUCAACGAUCUGCGUGGGAACCCAACAAAGAGCUUUGCUAGACUGCCGUCUUACUUGUACAUGUUGGAAAGGUUGAAUCCUCGUACUGUCUCCCGCUUAGUAGUGGAUGAGAAGAACCAGUUUAAGUAUGUGUUCUUCGCGCUCGGAGCUUGCAUUGAAGGAUUUAAUUCCAUGCGGAAAGUGAUAAUUAUGGAUGGAACUCAUCUGAAGGGUGUGUAUGAAGGAGUGCUUCUUAUUACCACUGCUCAAGAUCUAGAUCAUCAUCAUUAUCCCCUCACUUUUGCUGUAGUAGAUGGUGAAAAAAAUGCAAGUUGGAGUUGGUUUUUGACUACAUUGAAAACAUUGAUACCAGAUGAUCCUCAGCUUGUAUUAUGCACUGAUAGAAAUCAAAGCAUCAUCAAGACAGUACACGAGGUCUACCCAUUGGCGAUCCAUGGAUAUUGCAUAUAUCACUUGUCUAAUAAUGUGAAAGGAGCAUGCAGCCAUGUUAGGAAAGAUGUGGUUGCACAUGAGUUCAAAAAAAUUGCUGGUAUUUACACAGAAAAAGAGUUUAGAAGAAAAUAUAUUGAUUUCAGAAGAACGUAUCCUCAGGCCGCUGAGUAUCUGGAUGAGAGUGUGCAUGAGAGCAAAUGGGCAAGAUGUCAAUUUCCAGGAGCAAGAACACUUCACGUGGAGGUGCUAAACACAUUUGAACGUCAGUACAAUGUCACUGGUACAGACGAGAAAGGUUAUUUGGUUGAUUUGAUCAACAAAACAUGUCACUGUCGGCAUUUUGAAAUUGACCGGUAUCCUUGUGUGCAUGCGCUUGCUGCGAUCAGGAAGUAUUGCAGAACUACAACAGAUGAUACACUAGAGCAGUUGGUUGAAAAUUAUUGUUCUAAGUAUUAUUGGAUGGAGCAGUGGACAUUGGCAUAUUGUAGGACAAUAUAUCCAGUGCCUCAUCAUUCAUCAUGGCAAGUUCCUGAGGAAAUACAAUCUCAGGUUGUGUUCCCGCCCAGUGACAAAGAUGACAAUGACAACGACAACGAUGACAUCGAUUACGAAGAAAGCAGCAAAGAGGGAAGUGACAACGAGGAAAGUGGCAGCGAAAGAAGUGGUGACGAGGGAGGUGACAACGAAGGAAAUGAUGAAUGA